AUGUAUUACAACCUCUCCUCGACAACCACCAGCCUGUCCAUGUAUUACAACCUCUCCUCGGCAACCACCAGCCUGUCCAUGUAUUACAACCUCUCCUCGACAACCACCAGCCUGUCCAUGUAUUAUCACAACCUGUCCUCGACAACCACCAGCCUGUCCAUGUAUUAUCACAACCUCUCCUCGACAACCACCAGCCUGUCCAUGUAUUACAACCUCUCCUCGGCAACCACCAGCCUGUCCAUCCUGUCCAUGUAUUACAACCUCUCCUCGACAACCACCAGCCUGUCCAUGUAUUACAACCUCUCCUCGGCAACCACCAGCCUGUCCAUGUAUUACAACCUCUCCUCGACAACCACCAGCCUGUCCAUGUAUUACAACCUCUCCUCGGCAACCACCAGCCUGUCCAUGUAUUACAACCUCUCCUCGGCAACCACCAGCCUGUCCAUGUAUUACAACCUCUCCUCGGCAACCACCAGCCUGUCCAUGUAUUACAACCUCUCCUCGGCAACCACCAGCCUGUCCAUGUAUUACAACCUCUCCUCGCAACCACCAGCCUGUCCAUGUAUUACAACCUCUCCUCGGCAACCACCAGCCUGUCCAUGUAUUACACAACCUCUCCUCGGCAACCACCAGCCUGUCCAUGUAUUACACCUCUCCUCGGCAACCACCAGCCUGUCCAUGUAUUAUCACCUCUCCUCGGCAACCACCAGCCUGUCCAUGUAUUAUCACCUCUCCUCGGCAACCCCCAGCCUGUCCAUGUAUUAUCACCUCUCCUCGGCAACCACCAGCCUGUCCAUGUAUUAUCACCUCUCCUCGGCAACCACCAGCCUGUCCAUGUAUUACAACCUCUCCUUGGCAAUCCCCCAGCCUGUCCAUGUAUCCUCUCCAACCCCCAGCCUUGGCAACCCCAGCCUGUCCAUGUAUUAUCACCUCUCCUCGGCAACCACCAGCCUGUCCAUGUAUUACAACCUCUCCUCGGCAACCCCCAGCCUGUCCAUGUAUUAUCACCUCUCCUCGGCAACCACCAGCCUGUCCAUGUAUUACAACCUCUCCUCGACAACCCCCAGCCUGUCCAUGUAUUAUCACCUCUCCUCGGCAACCACCAGCCUGUCCAUGUAUUAUCACCUCUCCUCGGCAACCACCAGCCUGUCCAUGUAUUAUCACCUCUCCUUGACAACCCCCAGCCUGUCCAUGUAUUAUCACAACCUCUCCUUGGCAACCCCCAGCCUGUCCAU